AAUGCUGACCGUGCCAGUAUUCUGUUUCUACGUCUAUCAGACACACGUCCUAAAAUAUAGUUGUUUAUUUAUAUGUAUACUAUUGCAUAAACUUAAAUUGUGUGAAUAUGAGGGUAGCCUUUCUAUUGUUGUGUUUAUGCGAGAUUUACCUCGGUGCGUUGGACACCGGAUAUCCGGAUGGGUUAAUGGCUAAUUGUCCAGGAAUGAAUAAGAGUACAAUAAUCUCUGAAAAAACGAAACGAACGCUGUCGUUGGUUAUUGCAUAUCCUUCGGACAACGUGUUCGGUUAUUCAGAGACAAGAUGCAAGCUGUCCGCGAAAGGAGCCGCGUGCGCCGCAAAAUACUUCGACUUCAAAAAAAGAAAAACCCAGAUUAUAGUAAGUGGUUACAUGGAUACAACAUUUUCGCCUUUAGCGCGAUCAAUAAUAACAAUGUACAUCAACCUCGGAAGAAAUGUUGCCAUGCUGGAUACCUUCCCCAUACUCCUCCGGCCUUAUCCAAUAGCAGCUCGAGUUACAAAACCACUCGGCGAACUAUUGGGAGAGUUUUUGGCUGCUUUGAACCUUCAUGGUCUGUCACAUAAACACCUAGAAAUCGUUGGAGGCAGCUUGGGUGCUCACAUUGGAUACUACGCCUCCGUAAAAUAUUACGAGCUCACAUCACGGAAGCCUGCGAGACUGACUGGGUUAGAUCCGGCAGGCCCGUGCUACCGUAACAUGAAUCCAAAGGAUCGCUUCAACGCGGAAGGAGCCGUCAAAGUGGACGCAUUGCAUACUAAUAUCGACGGAUUCGGCAUCGCCGAUUCAAUCGCACAAAUAGAUUUUUAUGCUAACGGCGGUGAAUUCCAGCCCGCUCUGGCUGGCGACUUCAUCAUGCCUUGCUUCCAGCUAUGCAGUCACGUCCGGGCCGCCAUGUACUGGAUCCUGGCCUACACGAACCCCGACAAGUUUCUGGCGGUCCGCUGCGAUUCCGUCGCUGACGUCAGACACGGAGACUGCUACGACGGAAACAUAACUAGCAACGUCUUAGGACCGAGAACCGAGUUCAAUGAACCUGGAAUCUACUACCUUCCUACUAAAGAGGUCAGCCCUUAUUACCUUGGAAACGAAGGCCUGAAGAAAUCAAUGUACGGCGUUAACGCUUACCUCUUAAAGCCGGCUCCAGACAUAGACAUGAUUAUAUGACAAGAAAUAAAAGUAGACCACAA